AUGUACGCUACUGAAUUUAACCCAACUAUUGAACCACUAUCAUUUGUCGGUAAUGACUCCAUUUCGAUUAGAACACUAGAAGACUCAUUAAGAGAUUUGGAAAUUGCUUUCAACUCCUUUAUUCCAAAAACAAAGAACAAUACAAGCAGCGAUACCAAUGAUUGCACUAGGUACAGUACGCAGAAUGGAAAUUGGUUGAAAUCAAGUUAUGAGAAAGAGUUCACCAAUCGGUCGUCUUCUACCUCCUCGAUGUCUUUAAUUUUUGACCCCUUGACCUUAGUCGACGACUAUACUGUACCCCACACUGAACAAGAUUACAAACCUAGAACGUUAUCAACUCUGACAUUCAACCAAGAUAAUUUUCCCUCGACGCAGUUUUACAGUUUCAACAAAGAUUACAAAGUUCAAGCGCAAGAAAACAAUAAGUUUUCUUACAAUACAGAUUGGAACGAAAACUAUGCACCCACAAAUACACAUGUUAAUAAAAAUAAUUCAAAAUAUAAUACCAAUAACAAUUGCAUAGCUAUAAUUCCAACUUGGAUUAAUAUUCCAGAUGAGUCCCAAUUUUUUGUUAUAAAAUCAACGAAUUUGGCACACAUUAAAAAAUCAUUUUACAAUAACAUUUGGUCGUCAACUCAUUUUGGGAAUAAGAGGUUAUCAAACGCUUAUAGAAACUUGAAACCUAAUGGUAAGAUAUUUCUCUUUUUUUCAAUCAAUGGUUCAGGAAAAUUUUGUGGAGUGGCAGAGAUGACAUCUGAUGUUUUAUCCAAUUUAGAUACCAAAGAUAUGUGGGAAAACAACGAAAAAUAUGGGAAGGCCUUUAAAGUGAAAUGGACCAUUGUAAGGGAUAUCCAUAACAGGAAUCUCAAACGGUUUUUAAAUCCAUUGAAUGAAAUGAAGCCCGUGUCGAACUCUAGGGACACUCAAGAGAUUCCAUUUCCAAUCGGUUACUCUAUGAUGAAAAUAUUUAAGUCCGAGCAGUUUGAGAAGAACUCCUUUCUCAGUGAAGACUACUGUUAA